CACAGAUCCACCGCAGACUUCUCACUUUUCUCCCCCGGUAAAGAGAAGGCUGCUCCUGUUUUUGUGUCAGCACCAUGGUCAGCGCUCGGGCUCUCUUCCUCGCGGCCACCUGCUGCUGCGCCUACCUGUGGCUCGCUUGUGCAGAAGACUCCUCCCUGGAGACGCGCUCAUUGGAGUUCCCCCUGAAAACCCAACAGGAGAAAGACCUGAUUGACGCCUUGCAAGAAGUUUUGGUGAAACUGAGAAGCAAAGAGAUGCCCUUAGAGAAAAAACAUGGCUGGCUGCCUUCGUGUGACGCUGGAGAGCCGUGUGCCGUGCGUAAAGGCGCGCGCAUCGGCACGCUAUGCAGCUGCCCCCGGGGGACUUCCUGUAACUUUUAUGUUCUCAAAUGUUUGUAAUGAAAUAAUUCUAAGAAAAAACAGGAGGGAUGUAUUAAGUAUGAAGUGAACAAAUGUAAUGCCACUGUCAUUGUGAGAAAAAUAAAUGUAACAUGUGGUUAUGCCUAAAGGGCGAUUUUCUUUUAUAAACGUGGAUUAUAAUAUAGGUUUUUAAUAAUUGUUGUUAUUUUUCUAUGUAAUGUCUUUGUUGUUAUAUGGAGAAUCAAGUAAAGCCGUCCUAGCAUCAGUCACCAUUUAAACACAUUUGUAAGAUACGGAGGUCAAUAAAUCAACUCAAGUGUAUAUGUGUCUGUUGGACUGUAGUAUUAUUUUAAAAAUAAAAAUGUAACAGCUG